AUGAUUCUCAAGGUUCGCACUCUUACCGGCAAGGAGGUUGAGAUCGACGUCCAGUCUGAAUGGCCGAUCUCGAAGGUUAAGGAAUGUGUCGAGGAGAAGGCGGCCAUCCCACCUGUGCAGCAGCGUCUCAUCUUCGGAGGCAAGGCAAUGGCCGACGACAAGACGAUCCAGGACUACAAGAUCUCACCCGGGACAACUAUCCACCUCGUGCUCGCCCUGCGCGGCGGCUUGUAG